AUGCUAAUGAGCCGGUGUCCGCAGAAGGCCUCCAUUCAGGACCGCUCUGACCACUUCUCCUGCUGGAACGUCCUUCAGAGCAGAUACAAACGAGAUAAAGGAGGCAUUAGGAGCCGCUCUCAUUCAGACGCCCACCGGGGUUACGGGGUUAGGGGCACCGGCCAAGGCUGUCCUCAAAGUCCCUCUGUGUUCGCCGAUAACGCCUGUGCCGGCUGGAGAGAUGCUGCGAUCGGAGAUGGAACUCUGACGUCGGGAUGGUCGUAG